CAAGUUUCCAAUCCAAAAAUUUAAAGAGAUUUCAGAGAAACUUUAUUCCCAAACUAAACCUUUCCUUCUUGAUAUUCUUAAUAUUCCAGACUGCAAAUGAAGGCUACAGCACCAACCAUCAAUCAAAAUCUUCUGGGCUGUUCUUAUGAUCGAUCUCUUGUAAUCCAUUCCCACCAAAAAGUCACACCUACUGCACCUCAUCAGCAGCAUCAAACCACUAAUCUUGCAACUCGCCAUGCUCAUUUCUUCUCGAGCCUUCUCCAUCUCAACCUACAGAUCCCUCAUCCACCCACGCCGCAACAUCCCUUCAUUGAUUGGAAAACCUUCUUAUAUCAAAAUCAAACAGCUCCAUUUUCACCCAAGGAGGAUAUAUCUUCAAAAUGGCGUGAAAUCCAUGGUUCGUCGGAUUGGGAUAAUCUUCUAAACCCUCUCCACCCUUGGCUCCGGCGAGAGAUCAUAAAAUACGGAGAAUUCGCUCAAGCCACAUAUGAUGCUUUUGAUUUUGAUUCUUUCUCGGAGUAUUGUGGGAGUUGUAGGUACAAUCGUCAUAACCUUUUCCCCAAUUUGGGACUUGGUAAGAAUGGGUAUAUGGUCAGCAAAUACAUCUAUGCCAUGUCACAUAUUGACGUCCCACGGUGGCUUGAGAGGUCCCACCAUUUGAUGGACACAUGGAGCAAGGAUUCCAAUUGGAUGGGCUACGUGGCUAAUAGCGAUGAUGAGGAGUCAAUUAGGAUUGGAAGACGCGAUAUCGUCGUGGCGUGGCGUGGCACCGUGGCACCUUCUGAAUGGUUUGAAGAUCUACAAGGGAAAUUGGAACAUCUUGGUGAUGGGGAUGUGAAGGUUGAACAUGGAUUUCUUGAUAUCUACACAUCUAAGAGUGAGUCUACAAGGUACAACAAGUCAAGUGCCUCAGAUCAAGUGAUGAAUGAAAUAACUAGACUAGUUAAUUUCUAUAGAGCAAGAGGUGAAGAAGUGAGUCUCACCAUCACUGGCCAUAGCUUGGGUGGUGCCUUAUCUCUCCUAAAUGCUUAUGAAGCUGCAAAGGCGAUACCUGAUCUUCCUGUCAAUGUCAUAUCUUUCGGUGCACCGAGAGUUGGUAACAAUGCCUUUAAAGAGAAGCUUUGUGAAAUGGGAGUGAAGACAUUACGCCUUGUAGUGAAGCAAGAUCUAGUCCCUAAGAUGCCUGGGAUAAUUUUCAAUGAAGGACUCCACAUGUUCGAUGAAAUGAUUAGCAGAGCAUCAGAAUGGCAUUACACCCAUGUUGGAACUGAAUUGAAACUUGAUGUUCACACAUCACCUUACCUCAAGAAAGGAUUCAAUUUGCCAGGGUUUCAUAGCCUAGAGACAUACCUUCAUCUUGUUGAUGGUUUUCGAAGUACCACAUCAACAUUCCGGGUAGAUGCGCGAAGGGAGUUGGCUUUGUUGAACAAAGCUAAUGGGAUGUUGGUGGAUGAGCUAAGGAUACCAGAGAAUUGGUAUCAAUUGGCUAACAAAGGACUAGUUCAAAACUCUAAUGGGAGAUGGGCUAUACCUAAGAGAGACUCUGAAGACAUACCCUCUCCCCCACUAGAGAAUCAUCAUUUAACUAGGCUUUUGUUGAUAUGUAUACUAAUUAUGAAGGGAUUGAACUCUUAAUGUUCGUUUCCUUAUGUCAAAUCCUUGAGGAAUUGUAACAAAUG